AUGGAAUUCAUCCCCGAGUCACAGACCAGUGCCAUCCCCGAAUCAGCCAAGAACAUCUACCCCUGUCUGGCUCAUAUACACGUUAUCCCAAGUUCCGACCCCAAAGCCGCUCGAAGACUUUCAACUGGAUCAUUCAAUUCCGACGAUGGCAACCCUUUGACCAGAGUCAUCUCCGGUGGUGCGAGAAGACGAACUUCGUUUGGACCGACAGCAGGUACUGAUGGAUCAGGAAGGAGAUUAAGCUUUGGUGGGAACAAGGAAGGCAAAGUUGAAAGUGGUCAUUUCGCUGCAAAAGACGACGAGAAGAAUUUGGAAGGGAAAUGGUAUUGGAGAGUUCAAGCUGGUGUCACUGAUACACACUUGAUCCUCCUUCCAUUGACUCAACCUCCCAAUCCCGUUCUCACUUCUGCUCCUGGACCUCUAUCCCACGCUAUGCCUGCUCACUCGGCGCACGUUGCAGCUGGUACUCGAACAGAAGGAGGCGGAGGUGCCACUGAUGAAGAUACAGGAUUAGUAGCCAAGAUGAAAGGUUUAUUCCGACGAUCAUCAACUACAAACGCAAACAAAGAUACUUCUCAGACCAUCAAUGAGGAUGCAAAGAAUACGAAUGCGUUUGAAGGUGUACAGGAAAGAGUCAUCGAUCAAACUUCAAGAGGCGAAAUGUUACCCUCUGCCAAAGGAAACGAGAUUGGCGCUACCAACGUCAACUCUACCGCUGAGCUUGGUUAUCCAGGUGUGAUCAACGGUGAUAAGUUGGGUGGUGUGGUCAUCCCCCUGCAAGCUAUCGAGAAGAGCAAAGUGGUGUUUGGAGGUGGUAAGAAGGGUGAAGGCAGUUGGGUCACUGUUCCGAUCACUUCUCACUUUUCUCAUUUCGUUCAGCCAAUGCUCGAAGGCGGGGUUGGAUCCAACAAACCUGAGUCCUUCCCUAAAUCAGGAUACAUCAAGUUUGAGUUUGACAAAGAUUGGAUUGGUGCCAAGGGCGAAGCUGAACUUCUCCACCAUCACAUUACCAAAGCUGUGUCUUCUCUACCCGAUAGUAAAGAGAGACAACCUCACUUGACACAAUUCCAUCUCGGCGGUGGACCUGGUCAUAAACAUCAUUCUCCAACCUUACCUCAGACUAGAGAAGUCGGUCCAAACGACGAAUCCGCCAUUGCCGAGGACGAAGAUCUCGGUCCCACUGGUGGGUCACGCAUCUCAUCCAGUACUGGUGGUGGAGACAUCGCCGCUGGAGCUACAGGUCAUCAAGGUAUCGCUUUAGGUCAUCCUGUCGCUGAGCGCGGACCGGGUGGUAGUGUAGGAAGUAGCACUAGUGGGAAGGUUGGUGGGGAGUAG